AUGACCGUCUUUGCCUUGUGUGCUUCGGCCUUGCUGCUGCUGGCAUGCGUGCCUCCAACUGCCGCCCAGAGCGGUUACGGCGGUUACGGCUACACUCACGGUGUGUGCGAGAAGAAGGCUGAUGUGCACUACAAGUGCCCUUACGGGUUUGAGUUCGACUUCGACUCACACAAGUGCGUCAAAUACGACUACCAGGACAUAAAGUACUACUGCCCUGAGGUACGCAGACGCAAGCAGAACCCAACACUUGAUUGCUUGAUUUGUUCCCUUGAUUGGCUGUGGGUGCAGGGCACCAAGAAGACCGCCGAGGGCUGCGUCAAGUACGUCUAUGAGGAGAAAACACCCUACUGCAAACACGGCAAGCUCGACGGCCACAAGUGCUUCGAUUACGAGUACUACCCCGUCGAGUACCAAUGCCCUUACGGCUACGGCUUCACAGCCGACAAGGCCAAGUGCUACG